UUUUGAAUUUCGUUUUCUGUCUUCUCUGAAAUAUUCUUCUUUUUCUUCCCCYUUUUCUCUCGCUUUUUCAAAUUGUUACCUACAGAAAUGGACGUAGAAGAACAGUCUAUUGUUGAGGAAUACGCGUCGUCUUUGGAAGAUCUAACUUUUAACUCAAAACCACUUAUAAAUGUGUUAACUAUGUUAGCCGAAGAGAACAGUAGAUAUGCUUCAAGCGUUACCAAACUCAUCGAAGAACGGAUUUAUAAGGUUUCACAGCAGCACAAGCUUCCUUCUCUAUACCUUCUUGAUUCUAUUAUCAAAAAUGUUGGUGGUAUAUACUUGAAUCUCAUAGCUCAAGUGUUGGUCAAAGUGUUUGUCUCUGUCUUUGAAAAGGGUGAUGAGAAAACUCGAAAAGAUUUAUACAAGCUUCGGCAUACUUGGCCCCAAUACUUUUCAGCUAAGAUAUUACAUGAUGUAGAUGUUAAUAUCAAUCAGUUAGAYCCUGGAUGGCCAAUAACUGCAGUCCCACCACCAUCACCCUCCAUUCAUGUUAAUCCAAAAUUCCUCAAAAAGGCUGAAGUAGUAACACCACCAGCUCCUGUUAAAGYACCAGAUGUAUCUAAAGAAAAUGAGAAAGAAGUUCUUAUGGAACAUCAAAAAAGACUAGCUGAACUACAAAGACUUCAAGAGGAACAGCUUCGACUUACUGAACAGGAAAUCCAGGAACACCAACUUAAGAGAGAUUUGAUUCUGAAAAAGCAAGAGCAAGAAAGAAAAGCACUUAUGACCCAACAGCAACAACUUUUGYUAACUUUAAGGCUUGAAUCUGAACUUGGAACAGCUGAAUUGAAUGAGAAAACCUCUAUAACAGCUGUAUCCACAAAGGCAGAAAUGACCCCRUCAAGCCAUAGCAUAACAACUAGUAGAGACCCUAGAUUGCAACGCCAAGAACAGGCACCACAUAAUAACAACAACAGAUCCCAACAGCAAGGACAGAAAGACAAUGAAGUGAACCAUAGACMRGCAUUAGAUCCAAAGCAGAGAGAUCAAUCUAAUAAUCAUAGAACUAAAAAGAAUUUUGAAAGAACUCAUGGUCCAACUAUGUCAAAUAAUAACUCUAAGAGAAGAAGUAGAAGUCAAUCUCCACCAAAUGAGAGGGAAACAAAAUUUCAACGAAUUGAUGGUUAUCCAAAGAAUAGAGAUGAUAGACUAGAUAUUGAUAAACAUCCAAGAGAUGACAGGCAACCCAAACGACGUAGAAGUUUUGAUGGAAGUGAAAAUUCAAGUGAUACAAGAAUGGUAUUUCAAGAUAAUCAAGGAAAAUUUGAGCCAAGAGGAUAUAGAGGAAGAGGGGAACGAGGGAAAGGAGACAGAGGAAGGGGUGACAGAGGAAGGGGUGACAGAGGAAGGGGUGAUAGAGGAAGGGGUGAUAGAGGAAGAGGUGAUAGAGGAAGAGGUGAUAGAGGAAGAGGUACCAGAGGAAGAGAUAGAGAUAGAAGCGGUAAACCUAUUAGAGAUGAAAAAGGUCAGUACCACAGAGGACCAAGGCAUAGAGAAGACGAAAUGAGACAGAGGACUGUUCAUUUAAAACCUGAAAGUCGCAAUUCACCUCAAGCACAGUUUGAUGACAUUGAAAMUGAAACAGUUCCAGAUCUUGUUAAACCAAGGCCUUUAUUUUCUAAAGAAGAGGUUGCUGAAUUACAGUCCAGUGAAUUUGUUUUGAAUGAAAAUGAUUCAGAAAGUGCAMCUAUACCACAAGAACUUAGUUUAGAACACAAAAGUGUCAUCCUGGAAGAAGCAAAAAGACGUGUUGAAGCAGGUCACAUAUCCCAAGAACAGUACAUUGAACUUAUUGAUAAACUAGCAGAAUUCUAUGAACUCCAAAGGCAGCAAGAAUUGGAAAUUCAACAUUCUGAUGAAAACAUUCUUGAGCAAAAUGUGAAUGAAAACCCUGAAGUUGCUGGUCCUCCAGGUCCUGAACCUCUAGGUCCUGAAUCUCUAGGUCCUGAAUCUCUAGGUCCUGGUCCCAGAAACCAACGUGGUAGAGGAGGACGAUCAAAUAGAAGGUCUUGGAAGAGACGACCUGUUGAGGGUACUCGGCAAUUUCAUAGGGAUGGUCCUCCCAGGAAGGAACAAAGGACAGAUGAAUCAUGGAGAAGAGAUGGACCCCCAAGAAGCAAUCCAGGUGGUGUUUUUGAUGGACCACYAAGGCCCAGUAGAAAUCCAAGAAUGGAUGACAAAAGAAGAGAUCAACCCCCAUAUAUCAGAGAGGGUAGACCACCCAUGGAUAGACCAGGCCCUCCUGAUGGUGGACCUUGGAGAGAAAGUGAAAGGUUGCCUCCUCAUGAUCCUGGGUCUUCUCGCCAACGCCGUCCUCCACCAGAAAAACCUGGUACCAUUAUYCCACAAAAUAUUGAUGAAUUAGAAAUGAGAUCCAGAGGGAGAGAUCCUGCUAUGAAUCCUCGACAUUUUGGUGAGCGAAUCCACCAGGAUGAACCAUUGCUUGGCAGAGGAAGGCCUCUACAUGCUGAAGUACCWCYACUUGGACAUGGAAGACCUGUUGAACAUUUCCAGGGACCACYRGAUGGCCCUGGSCAUGAAWUGCCACCACACCUUAGACCUAUGCCUCAUCCUAUAGAGCCAGGAACAUCUAUUAGAAUACAUGGCCCUCCCAGGGAAAUAAUUCUAUCUCAUCUCCCAGAAUCAGAUCAAAUUCCUGGAUCUCAUGCUGGGGCACCUGGUAUACACCAUGGACCACACCCAGUUGAAACUGGGCGACAUCCUGAUUAUGGUCCAGAACCAGGUCUUCCUGUACCACAUCAUCAUGGAGAACCAGGUCCUGGACAGCAUCCAGGWGARCCUGAUCUUCGUCUAUUAAUCCGYAAUAGGGAACCACACCCUCUUCCUGGAAAACCAGAUCUUCACCAACAACGUGGACAACCAGGUCAUCCUCCUGUAAUCUCCCAGGGGGAACCAGCUCUUCUUCCUGGCAUGCACCCUAUGGAACCUGGUCAUCAUUCUGUUMAUCUCCAYAGAGAGUCAUCUCCAGUGCGUCACCUUGGAGAAGCACCAGAUCUUCCUGGACAGCCAGGUCUAUAUCCUGACCAUCACAUCUCAGAYGCUGGCCGUCAAGAAAUCAUAAUUGGACCAGGACAACAAGGCAAUGCUGGGCCACAUGGUCMACCACACUURYUAGGUUCUGGUCAAGGGUCUCCACAAAGACAUGGCACAGAAACACCACCACCAUCUAUCCCAUCUGGUGCACCACCAACGCCAUCACGAAUGGACAAAAGGACUGUAGAUGACCUUUUUUCAAGGCUUGUACAAGUUGGUAUCAUAAARGUAGCUGAAGAGCCAGUGGUURAUACACCACCCAGGAUAKCAACCCCUCCUUUGCAACAGCCCCUCAUGAAACCACACCCYAUGGUGCCACACCCAGUUUCAUCUAGCUCAGCCCCCAUACAAGGACCUYMAGCAUCUCAARCUUCUAAAAUGACRCCUAUGAAUUUACAAAAACUGCAAGAAAUGAUUGAAAAAUCUAGAGAAGCCUCUACUGUAAUUCCAAUAAUAUCACUGGAUCCUCAUGAUUUGAAAAAGCGGCAUUCUGCAAUCAUUGGUCUGUUGUAUAGAGGGAAGCAGUGUUCWACAUGUGGUCUUCGGUUUGAUGGAGAAGCAGAAGCCUUCUAUAGGGAACAUUUGGACUGGCAUUUUAGAAGAAAUAGAAGAGAAAAAGAUGGAAGAAGAAUUGCCCACAAACAGUGGUUCAUCCCACUUAAAGACUGGCUUGAAUAUGAAGAAAUCACAGAUCCAGAAGAAAAAGCCCAUAGUUCUUUUUUUGAUGCCGAGAAACCUAACACUGAGAGCACUACAGUGAAUACACAAGUUGGUGAUGGCAGCUGUCCAGUAAUGCCCACAGAUACUGAAGCUGAAUCGGUUUGUGAUAUUUGUCAAGAAAAGUUUGAGCAGUUUUGGGAGGAAACUCAAGAAGAAUGGCACUACAAAGAAGCAAUUAGAGUUGGUGGAAAGACCUACCACGAGAUGUGCUACCAAGAUGCUAAGUCGAAUGUGGAGGGAACUGCAACAGAGGUAGAAGCAAAUGUAGACAACACAGAGAGUAAAGAAGAACCAGAUGAACGUCCUGAAGUGAAGGAAGAAACCAUAGAGCACAAGAAGGAAGAUGAACCAAAGGAUGCCAACAACACAGUAGAAGUCCCUGCGAAGAAAGAAGAUCAAGUAACAGUAGUGAAGACUGAGAGUGCUGAAAGUAGUGAASCUCAAUGUAGUGAAAGUUGUAAGGAUGCUAAUGGUGUGUCAACUCAGAGUGAUAUGAAAGCAAUGAAUGAAGUUAAAGUUMAAAUAGAAGUUACUGAAAGUAAUAAUUCAGAAGUGAAAAUAAAAGAAGAAAAUAAAGAUGAGAUUGAUGGUGGAGGCACAAGUGUUAUUAAAACUGAAACUACUGACAAAGAUUAGCUCCAAGAGGGCAGUUUUGUAUCAUGUUAAUCUUWUGGUUUUUAAAACCGUUUCARUCAUUCCAUAUUCAAUUAGUUCCCAAAAGGACAAACAAACAAAAAAUGAGAAGAAAAAAUGCAAAUGUUUUCAGUAUUGUGAUUCACUUGGAAUUCAUUUCUAUAUUUGUUUUUUUUUUUUUCAUCAAGUAUUUGAGUCGUCUUGUUGUAUGACUCCAACCCCACAUCCCUAUUGCUGUCAUUGUACUUGUGUGGAAUCUUMAAAAAGAUUGAAUAAAGAUAUUUUUGAACAACACCUGUUUGUAUGGGUUGUGCAUUUUGUUUGUUAGAGUGAAGUCAUGAAACCCACCAUACUUUUGUAUUGUUUAUGGCCAGUCUUAUUGAUUUUCCAUCAUUGGUAAAGAAACUGGUAGCUAGAUAAUCUCUCUUUAGUUAUCAAAUUCAAUGAAAAAGCACUUUUUCAUUUAUUCAUCUGACUAGAAAAAGAUUUUCUUUGGUGUGUUGGAAUUUUUUGACUUCACUCAAUGUUAUUUGUAUACUAGUUUAGAUGAGUUCGAUAAGUUGAAAAAAUGGUUAWUAUGUGAGUAAUAUAUAGUAAAAUUGUGCAACUAUUGCGUGUGAAUAUGCAAACUUUCCACAAUCACUCAGUUAAAGRAAGAUGUAUUUGACUGCAAAGAAAKKAUUGCAAAUYCAAAAAUCAGAUCUUCCAUGUGUUUUAGUGAAAGUAAUAAAUAUGUGUAGUGUAAUGUACAAUUUUACACACUUUAAUUAGAGUGAAGAUGAUCAUUAUGAUUCAUGGCUGUUCACCAAUAUAUUUUGAUCCUAUGCAAACCAUUUAAAGUAUAGUUAUUUGAAAUGUUGCAAAAUAUUUUUUUUUUAGAAUAAUUAUGUGUGAUGCUCUGUAUAUAAUUAUAAUUAACGGUAGUUUAUUGAGCUCUGAAAUUAUCCUGAUUUUUCAGAAAUGGGAUUGUACAUGUAUCUUUUUGACUUUGAAGAAAUGAAAUAAAGCCUUUUGAAAGUA